UCAGAUAAAUAAUCCAUUUUCUUCACAUGUAACUACAACCGUCAUUGAAAAUCCUCACACACUGCAACAUGUGUAGACCUGUCAAUCAUCCCUCACACUCACAUAUCAACGCUGAUGAAGUCAUAGACACAUUCACUAUCACCAGCUUUGACAUUGAAGAACUCGAUCCAGUUACUAUCAGAGGAAACACUAUGUUGAUUGGGAAGACGAAGAAAACCAAACACAGAACCAAUAAGUUGAAGUUGGAGAAUAUUCUAGAGGAAACAGAGUUAUAUGUUGAUAAUAGUAAUGAAGAUAUUCAUCUGGAAGAGCUUGAAGAAGCGUGUAUUCACUUGGAGAUGGAUUUGGAAGUAUUGAGGAAGUCCAUUGAUGUAGGAGUUUGUGUACUCUGUCUCGGCUUAGGUUACAUGGUUUCUACUAAGUUUCGACCACGACAGAAAUUUUCUUCACUUUUAUCAUCAUCAUUUUUCUUCUUAUAACAUGCAAAAUUGAAAGUAUUACUAUUCCAUUUCUGCAUACAUCCAGUUUGUAUCAAGUUGUCACUAAACCCAAAUUCAGUUCUGCGAGUUAUAUAGGCUUAUUUAGCACAGCUA